CGUCGUUGUGCGUCAACUCCCCAGUCCCCCCACCAUCACUGUUCUACAGAGGAAGAAAGGGGGAGACGGGAAACCUAUACUGAACGCUUUCACACAAAUAUGAGCGGCAGCGGGCGGGCCAGGACCAGCUCAUUCGCUGAGCCUCCCGGAGCUCCCGGAUCUGCUGUAGCCGGUGCCGUAUCGGCGGUGGCCAGCGGAAGCUCGACAGGAAAAACUGGGGCUUCACAAGCCAGUGGAAGCGGCUCGACGAGCUUUGGAAAUUUGAAACUGCCCAGAGACAGCGGCAAAGUGACGACGGUGGUAGCCACCCCCGGCCAGGGCCCUGACCGCCCGCAGGAAGUGUCCUACACAGACAUAAAGGUCAUUGGAAAUGGCUCCUUUGGCGUAGUCUACCAGGCUCGCCUCAUCGACACGCAGGAGAUGGUGGCAAUUAAGAAAGUUCUCCAAGAUAAAAGGUUUAAGAAUAGGGAGCUGCAGAUUAUGAGAAAGUUGGACCACUGCAACAUUGUGAGGCUACGCUACUUCUUCUACUCGAGCGGAGAGAAGAAAGAUGAGGUGUAUUUGAAUCUUGUGCUGGAUUUCGUCCCGGAGACGGUGUACAGGGUGGCUCGGCACUUCAACAAGGCCAAGGCCAUCGUUCCCAUCAUCUAUGUUAAGGUGUACAUGUACCARCUGUUUCGCAGUCUGGCCUAUAUCCAUUCCCAGGGCGUUUGUCACAGAGACAUAAAGCCUCAGAACCUCCUGGUAGACCCAGAGACUGCCAUCCUCAAGCUUUGUGACUUUGGCAGUGCAAAGCAGCUAGUUCGAGGGGAGCCGAAUGUGUCCUAUAUUUGCUCACGGUACUACCGUGCCCCAGAGCUCAUAUUCGGCGCCACCGACUACACGUCCAACAUCGACAUCUGGUCGGCCGGCUGCGUGUUAGCCGAGCUGCUGCUGGGCCAGCCCAUCUUCCCCGGGGACAGCGGUGUGGACCAGUUAGUAGAGAUCAUUAAGGUUUUGGGGACGCCGACGAGGGAGCAGAUCCGGGAGAUGAACCCUAACUACACAGAGUUUAAAUUCCCACAGAUCAAAGCACAUCCUUGGACAAAGGUGUUUAAGCCUCGCACCCCACCAGAGGCCAUCGCCCUCUGCUCCCGCCUGCUGGAAUACACCCCCGUUUCCAGACUGUCUCCUCUGGAAGCAUGUGCGCACGCCUUCUUCGAUGAGCUGCGUCAGCCCAACACCCGCCUGCCCAGCGGACGGGAACUGCCGCCCCUUUUCAACUUCAGUCCUGUUGAGCUGUCCAUUCAGCCCCAGUUGAACUCCACACUCAUUCCUCCUCACGCUCGUGCACAGACAUCGCCUGCCUCACACGAGGGCAGCGUGUCGGACAGUACCGCCCAGCCCAGCUCAGCACCCGGAUCCAUCAACAACAGCACCUGAGCAUCCAUCCCUCUAUCACAAAUUUCAGUUUCGUCUUCCCCAAUUAUUUCUUUCCUUCUGCCCCCACAUCUUUUUUUUUUUUUCUUCCCCCUGCUCCUCUCCCUCUAAAAGCUUCGUCCAGGCUCCAACCUAUAAAGUAGAAAAAGAUAACCAAACUCACUCAACUUAAACGCUCKGCAUUUGUAUCUUUUCCAAAACUAUUCCAAUAGAAAGCGGCUGCUGCGGCCGCUYGCUUCAUGAAGCUGUGGGUUGUUUUAUCGGCGUUUUGUAGCUGCCCUUUGGUUUAAUGGAAGCUGSAGUUCAAAUGGGCAGAUAAAAAGUCAAAGUUGGUAGGAUAAGGAGAAGUCUUCUACACAUUCUGGGGUUUCUGUAUUGAAAUCAACAGCUGACUUUUAUUAUUAUUUUUUUUUCUUCUUUUUUUUUAUGUAUUUAAUUUGCAUUAAAAUAUUUUAGAAAUGGCCA